AUGGCCAUAACGAUCCUCACCAGUUGCCCGAAUGCGGACCCAGAGGAGGUUCUGAGGGAGGCCAAAAAGGCCAUCCUGAACAUGCGGCAAGACUGCAGGGAGAACGUGAUUGCAGCAGUGCGGGAGAACCUCCUAUCUCGGGGUGACCAGAAUCCUAGCGAGGGGAUUAGGGACAACUCCAACGAAGCCGGCGCCGCCCAGAUGGAAACAUUCUCCCAGGAGCACCUUCCCCGGCCCGAACCGGAGCACUUCCUGUGCGGAAACGCAGAAGUCAUAGAUUGGCUGUGCCGCGGACAACUUCCAGCAUUCAAGGAAAUGAUGGCCAAACAGCGCAAAGAAGCGCGCCGCCAAAUCCGGGACGGAGCUCGCUGCUUCUUAUUCGAAGAAGGCAGGCUUUGGAAAUUGGACGCGCCCCCAAAGCGCAAGAAUCAAGUGCAGGGGCCGGUCCGCAGGCCAGAGCGAACGGACGGCCGAAAGCUGACGAGCACAGAGGUGGACCUACCCCUUGAGAAAGUCGGCUUCGACUUGCUCGGGCCAUUCCCACCAACGACAGAGGGAUACGAGUACGUCUACAUUUGGUACGACUACUUCUCCGGCUGGAUUGGUGCAGGGUUGGGAAGGACCAAGCAGUCUGCGGGAGUCGCGGAGUUCCUUAAAAUGGAUCUCUUUGCGGCCCACGCCUGCCCGGCGCUUAUAAGCAUGGACAACGACGCACACGUCGGGGAGGUGAAAAACCUUUGCCAACGAAUAGGGACUCAAGUGCAGGUGAUCGUCCCCUACUCUCCCUGGAUGAACGGAGGAGCGGAAUCAUCGGUGAAGAUAUUCACCAAGAAUGUCCGCAAGCUGGUGAUUCAAUACGGACCUGACUGGGUUUCUCACAUCUACGAGGCCUUAUUGGUCAUCAGGGUGUGCUACCGCACAGCUACCAGGAUGUCUCCGUUUGAAAUAAUCUACGGAAGACAGCCGGUCCUGCCAGCGGAGCGACUGCUCGUGGCACGGUUCCGGAUAAGCCAAUCCUCUACCUCUGAAGGGGAAGAGAGGGCGGAGCGCGAGUUCGACGCCGCAGUGCAGGGAAUUAAUUGCGGAAUCCGGCGAGUCAACAUCCUACUGAGACAAGCGCACCAAGCAAAUAUGCGCGCGACUGCCGCUCGAACAGGGACAUCUCGCAGGUCCGAGCAGAAGCCGCUUACCAAAGGCGCCAGCACAGGGGAGUCUACCGGGUCGCCAACCUCAAACCGGGACAGCUGGUCAUCAUGA